GGGCGGUCACGAAGCAAAUGCCAGGCUACCAAUGAACUGGAAUCCCAACCAGUUUGAAGUGAACUUGCCGAGUGCGACAUGAGUCCGUAAAAAAGUCAAAAUUCUCUUAAAAUGAAGAACGAGCCAGCUCGGAGGCGGCUGGCAAGGAUACGAUGUCUCAUGGAAACAAUAAAGCGGAUGGAAACAAAGAGUAGUUUACCAAGUGCGCUUUGUUUCGUCGCAGGGGAAGUUGAGUAUACCGUCAAUAGUGAUUUGCAAACUCCACCGCCAAUACCUAUUUUGAAAAAGCCCUCGAAGAACUCAGAAAAAAUUGGUGAAAUCUUCCCAUCGCCAAGUUUGCAAGUGUUUGCGUCUGGUGAGGAGUUUUGUAGCAACCAAGGAGCGUGGCUUAAGCUUACUCAGAAAUCACUGCAAAAGUUCUGUACACCUGCAAACUCUUCCACCCCGUCAAAAACUCUUAAAGAGGGAUGGGUUUUACAGCUGACUUAUGAUCCAAAGCAAGGGGCUGGCAAGCCAAUACUCCUUCCCGUCAGUGAGACAGAGGCAGGGAAAGGGAAAAAGAAGGCUGAUAAUGUGGAGACUUCAUCAGUUAAGAAUUGGUCCGAGGCAGUGGAGAUGUUCUAUACCUUAAGACUGUCUAAGCCCCCAGCAAUUGAAAAGUAUGGUGACAGAGAAGCUAUGCGCCAGCUCACCAAUCCUCCCCCCAAGUGGAGCCUUGAAGCAGACGAGGAACUUGCCAAAUUCCUGGCUGAUCACAUGAACAAGAUGGAUGCUAACUUGGGCAGUAUUAGCCAUUAUGUAGAUGGCAUUGAAGUCUCCUCGGAAGACAGCUCAAAAGAUUGCUUGACUGAUGGUGACCCCGUGACAUACUGGGAAUCUGAUGGGAACCAGGGGCGGCACUGGGUCAGGCUGUCAAUCAAACCAGGCGUCAUUAUCAAACGCCUCUACAUUGAACUGGAUGCUAGGGAUGAUAACUACAUGCCGUACAGAAUCAUCAUCAGCGGAGGAGAAGUUGGUCACUUUAAACAGCUCAAUGAAGUUUUUGUUGAUCUAACUGUUACAGGAGAUGUGCUUGUUUUAGAGGAGAUGACUCAGUACUUCCACAUUAUUGAGAUCAAAAUCAAGGAAUGCAAAGGAUCUUGCUUUUCAGAUGAUGGUAUUGACACAAGAAUACAUGGAAUUAAAAUUGUAUCAACUGGUGACAAGGAGCCAGGCCUGAGUAGAGACCUCUUUGCUGACACCAAUUUAGUAAGAUUUCCCAAGUUAGAUGCUGUAGAUACUAUUCUUUUGUACCAUAGAGCUAAAGCACUACUCAGAUUUGUUGAGUUACUGGAUAGUGUGAUUCACUACCUGCUGCCUUCCUGGAACUACACCGCAGGCUCCUUCAAGGACUUAGAGGCCAUAAGACAACUUUUGCCUUUAUCAAGAUACAGAGGCAAUCUUAUAGAGAAGUUCCUCAAAGAAUCCCAAACCUGCAGCUCACCUGAGAAGAUGCCCAAGUUAUUCAUCAAUAGACGACUAGCCGCUGAGCACAGGGCUGACCCAUCUCAGGAUCCGGAUGCAAAAUAUUCCAUGUUUCACCAGCUUUAUGAAGGCCUUCACCCAGAGAAGUGUGGUGUAAAACUAGAUUUCAGAUGGUCUGGCCGGUAUGACCAGUGGUGGGAGUGUAAAUUUCUAUCAGAAGGAAUCAUCGACCAAGGUGGCGGAUUCCGCGACUCCUUGGCUGACAUGGCAGAAGAACUAUGUCCUAGCUCCAUGGACGAUCCCAUGCCUCUCAACUACUUUGUGCGGAGCCCCAAUCAGCUACACGACUCAUCCAAUGUGAACCGAGACACGUACCUACCCAACCCUUCCUGCAAGGAACUCGCUAAGUUCGAGUGGAUCGGUAUGGUCAUGGGAGGGUGUCUUCGCAGUGGGAGAGAACACUUGGUGCUCUCUUUGGCAUCCUACACGUGGAAGCAGCUCGUGGGCGAGCGCGUAUCAUGGUCACGUGACUUUCAGUCUGUGGACUUUGCCCAGGUCAAACUUCUCGAGACGCUCGAGUCUAUGGACCGCGAAACGUUCGACACCAAGUUCAGCGGUGUGCUCACAUUCACCGCGGUACUCAGUGAUAAUACGCUAAUAAGCUUGGCUCCGGGGGGUGCAGAACGCUACGUGGACUUCGAGGAGAGGAAGGAGUACUGUCGACUGGUGCAAGAGGCACGCAUGUUCGAGAGCAAACUACAGGUCGAGGCCAUCAGGAGGGGUAUGCUGAAGGUGGUCCCUCGUGCCGUGCUGGACCUCAUCACGUGGCAGGAGCUGGAGAAGAAGGUGUGCGGGGACCCGGAGAUCACCGUCGAGGCACUCAAAAAGAGCAGCCACUAUGAAGACAUUAGCGAGAACGACCGUAGGAUCAAAGACCUAUGGAACGCGCUGGAAAACUUCACUAAUGAGGACCGAAGUAGAUUUCUUCGCUUCGUGACGGGACGUAGAAGACUACCCGCACAAUUAUAUAUCUGCCCUGGAAGAAGCAAUGCGGAGACAGACUCGCUCCCCGAGGCAGCCACGUGCUCGUCUACACUAUUCCUCCCUAAGUACUCAAGUGCAAAAGUUGCGGAGGAGAAGAUUCGAUACGCUUCCUACAACUGCAUCGCCAUAGACACAGAUGUCAGCCCAUGGGAGGAAUGAACAGCUACGGUCACUAUGACGACCUUAAUGAACUUUGAACAUAUUGCUUCUCAUAAAUCUUUAUUUUUCUAUUAACAUUUUUCACAGAGUAGGUAUAACUAUGAUUUAAUUACACCAGUAUUUGUGAUAUACGAGACAGCGUUUGCCAUUUUAGGUUACCAUUUGCUGUUACACGCUUUGUUAAAAUCGACAAAUUGGUACAGAGAUUAUUUACAUUAAAAAGUAAAUCAUGAA